AUGUCUGUACCAAAAGCGGUAACCCUGAGCUACACUCGAGCUUACCAUGCGGCGCUGCAUAGGGAGUCCCUGCAGAGCUUACCUUGUCCUUCGCUCCCGCGAUGUGUCCCCUGCAGCAUCCCCGGCCAUCUCCUCCGGCUGAUGCCGGCAUCCGGCUUCUGUGUUCCGGUCCCUGUGACGUCGGGACGUACGGGCGCCGCCGGCGGCGGGAAAUUUGAAAAUUUUAAAAAAAUUUCAUUUUUUUCCAAAACGAUUUUACAUAUGCUUUGUCCUGUGCCCUGCCUGCAUUUUGAAUGUUCUUUC